AUAUGGAUCAGGUAUGGGAACAAUACCAUGGAUCAUAGCAUCAGAGAUUUAUCCAGUAGACGUGAAGGGAGCAGCAGGAACAAUGUGUAAUUUGGUCAGCUCUAUCAGCUCAUGGCUCGUUGCUUGUUCCUUCAGUUUUUUGCUUCAGUGGAGCUCCACAGGAACAUUUCUGAUGUUUGCCACAGUGAUUGGCCUUGGAUUUGUGUUCAUAGCCAAGCUUGUUCCAGAGACCAAAGGCAAAUCUCUAGAAGAGAUUCAGUCUCUUUUUACUGAUCCUCAUGAAGAUUCUACAAUUUUCUAAAAUUC